UGAAAUCUCUGAGAGCCGCCAAGGCUCUGGUAGUUUUACAAAACUGUCCUUGCUCUUUCUGCGUUUGUCCAGUCAAGGGUAUCUUUGCCCGAGGUCGGAGUGAUGCUGUUAGUCCUGGUGAUAUGAUUGCAUAGCAACACAGAGCGGCUCUGAGAGGAGAGAGAGAAGGAGAAGGAAGGCAGGGAGGUGGGAGAGACAGAGGAAGAGUGUGCAUACAGCAGCUGUCGGCAUCCCUGUCUCAGGGACUUCUUUGCUGAUUCACAGAGGCAGCCCAGCCCCGGCCUCCCAGCUUCCAGCUGCCUCCGGCUUCUCAGACCUGACGGCAUCAUCAGAAGGUGCCUAUGCUCAACGGUGGGUGCACUGACUAUCCUCACCCCCCAUGAGCCUUGGUUCUGAUGCAAUCUAUGGUCAUGCAGGGAUGCCCUUAUACCUUCCCACGAUGUCAUGAGUGGCGGGCCACUGACCAAUUCUGUCACAGCAGCAGCCUCAGAAGCGCCUGCCCCCAGCCUCAGGUUAGAGCUGCUGCCACUGCCCCUGCACCACCUCAGGAUGGUGCUGGGGUUCCAUGCCUAAGCCCAAAGCUGUUUAUCAGAUCUGUCGGUGCCGCCGGACCUCUGGAAUCACCAGCCAUGAAUCUCUGUUGGAAUGAAAUAAAAAAGAAGUCUCACAACCUCCGUGCUCGCCUAGAGGCCUUCUCAGACCACAGCGGAAAGCUUCAGCUCCCUCUCCAAGAGAUUAUUGACUGGCUCAGUCAAAAGGAUGAAGAGUUGUCAGCUCAGCUGCCCCUACAAGGGGAUGUGGCCCUGGUACAACAGGAGAAGGAGACGCACGCGGCCUUUAUGGAAGAAGUCAAGUCUCGGGGCCCUUAUAUCUACUCUGUGCUGGAGUCAGCUCAGGCCUUCCUGUCCCAGCACCCAUUUGAGGAAUUAGAGGAGCCUCGUUCUGAGAGCAAAGAUAACUCCCCACGACAACGGAUUCAGAAUCUUAGCCGCUUUGUGUGGAAGCAGGCGACAGUGGCCAGUGAAUUGUGGGAGAAAUUAACAGCCCGCUGUGUGGACCAGCACCGCCACAUUGAGCGCACUCUGGAGCAGCUGUUGGAGAUCCGAGGGGCAAUGGAAGAAUUAAGCACUACUCUGACCCAGGCCGAUGGAGUCCGAGCCACUUGGGAACCCAUUGGAGAUCUCUUCAUUGAUUCACUCCCAGAGCACAUCCAGGCUAUUAAGCUAUUCAAAGAAGAAUUCUCCCCUGUGAAAGAUGGCGUGAAACUGGUGAAUGAUCUGGCCCACCAACUUGCCAUUUCUGAUGUGCACUUGUCGAUGGAGAAUUCCCGGGCCCUGGAGCAAAUUAACCUCCGGUGGAAACAGCUGCAGGUGUCAGUCAGUGAGAGGCUUAAGCAGCUCCAGGAUGCCCACCGGGACUUUGGGCCAGGGUCACAGCACUUCCUCUCCUCCUCUGUCCAGGUGCCCUGGGAAAGAGCAAUUUCACCCAAUAAAGUUCCCUACUAUAUCAACCACCAGGCUCAGACCACAUGCUGGGACCAUCCCAAGAUGACUGAGUUAUAUCAAGCUCUAGCUGAUCUGAACAACAUUAAGUUCUCAGCCUAUCGCACUGCCAUGAAGCUACGUAGAGUCCAGAAGGCACUGCGCUUGGACCUGGUAACUUUAACCACAGCACUGGAGAUCUUCAACGAGCAUGAUCUGCAGGCCAGUGAGCAUGUGAUGGACAUGGUAGAGGUUAUUCACUGCCUGACUGCCUUAUAUGAACGUCUGGAGGAGGAAAGAGGCAUCCUAGUCAAUGUGCCACUCUGUGUGGACAUGAGCCUCAACUGGCUCCUUAAUGUUUUUGAUAGUGGUCGCAGUGGAAAGAUGCGGGCAUUGUCCUUUAAGACUGGCAUUGCAUGCCUGUGUGGCACAGAAGUGAAGGAAAAACUUCAGUACCUCUUCAGCCAAGUAGCCAACUCAGGCAGCCAGUGUGACCAACGCCACCUUGGUGUCCUGCUUCGUGAGGCCAUUCAGGUGCCCCGUCAGCUGGGGGAAGUGGCAGCCUUUGGGGGCAGCAAUGUGGAGCCCAGUGUCCAUAGUUGCUUCCGUUUUAGCACUGGGAAGCCAGUCAUUGAAGCUUCCCAGUUCUUGGAGUGGGUCAACUUGGAGCCCCAGUCCAUGGUGUGGCUAGCUGUUCUGCAUCGGGUCACCAUUGCUGAACAAGUGAAGCAUCAGACCAAAUGCUCGAUCUGUAGGCAGUGUCCCAUCAAAGGCUUCAGGUACCGGAGUCUGAAACAAUUUAAUGUGGACAUCUGCCAGACCUGCUUCUUGACAGGCAGGGCCAGCAAAGGCAACAAGCUGCACUACCCCAUCAUGGAGUAUUACACCCCGACCACAUCCAGUGAGAACAUGAGGGAUUUUGCCACAACCUUAAAGAACAAAUUCCGCUCAAAGCAUUAUUUCAGCAAACACCCUCAGCGAGGUUAUCUGCCUGUGCAGUCUGUGCUGGAAGCUGACUACAGUGAGACGCCAGCUUCUUCCCCGAUGUUACCACAUGCUGACACACAUUCCCGCAUUGAGCAUUUUGCCAGCAGGCUUGCUGAGAUGGAAAGUCAAAAUUGCUCCUUUUUAAAUGACAGCCUGUCCCCAGAUGACAGCAUAGAUAAAGACCAGUACCUUCUACGGCACUCCAGCCCCAUCACAGACCGGGAGCCAGCCUUCGGACAGCAGGCUCCAUAUGGCAUGGCCACAGAAAGCAAGGGGGAGCUAGAGAAGAUCCUGGCCCACUUAGAAGAUGAGAACCAGAUUCUCCAGGGAGAACUGAGGCGCCUGAAGUGGCAGCAUGAGGAGGCUGCUGAGGCACCAACCCUGACUGAAGGCUCUGUCGAGGUAGCACAGGACCACCGCAAUGAGGAGCUUCUGGCGGAGGCCAGAAUCCUUCGGCAGCACAAGAGCCGCCUGGAAACACGCAUGCAGAUCCUUGAAGACCACAACAAGCAACUAGAGUCUCAGCUGCAGCGCUUAAGGGAGUUGCUCCUGCAGCCACCCACAGAAUCAGAUGGCAACAAUGACUCUGCAGGCUCAUCCCUGGCUUCCUCUCCACAACAGUCAGAAGGCAGUCACCCCCAGGAGAAGGAACAGACUACUCCAGACACUGAGGCUGCAGAUGAUGUGGGGUCAAAGAGCCAGGAUGUCAGCCUGUGCUUGGAAGACAUCAUGGAGAAGCUCCGCCAUGCCUUUCCCAGUGUGCGAAGCUCUGAUGUGACUGCAAACACUCUGCUGGCCUCUUGAUGGGUCCAGAUCCCCAUGUAAUAAUCUGUAGCCCUCUUAUGGAUCAGAGUCAAAGCCUUCCCUUGGUCUUCACCCAACUUUUCCAGUCCCCACUGGUCCUACAUUCCUCACCCAGAGUUAUUUGGGCUCCAGGCAGCAUCAGGGAUCUGGCGAUUUGUGAGGUGGGUGUGUGGGGGCUGAAGAAGGGGGAGAUAUGAUUCCUCUGUCUCUAGUAAUGUGCUCUUUAAUCCAAGUUUGAGACCUGUCCCCUAAGUAACACUUCUGUUGCAGCCCAGGCAAAUGGCACUUGGAGGUCAUUCAGAUGGGGAGCCUUGCAGAGCUAAACAGUGCCCAAUAACCCCCUUCCCUUCUCCAUGGAAUUAUGGAGAUGGAGAAGCCCUCACCUCCACCCCCAGGGUUCCAGCAUCUAACCCUACUUCCUGGCCCAACUCCAGGAGGGGGGGUGGAAGGAUAUCUCUAAGGCCUUCCCCUAAAGUGCCCCCCAAAAGUCUGAGCAGUGUGUAUCAUAUUACUUCAGCCCCAAGGCAUGUCUCUAGCCAACCUAAAUGUUGUUUCCUCCUCUAAUAUCUUCAGUUCCUUCUGCCUCAGUCCCUGGCAGACCUUCCUCAAGGGGGAAAACAGUUCAUUCUGGCUCCUACUUCCACCUUAAAUUUGGAAAUGUUAAUGAAAUACUUACGGGCCUAAUUCCACCCCCCGCCAUCCUCCUCUUUCCUGAAGGCCCCAGCAUUCUGAGAGACCAGCUAGAGUUGCUCUGGGAACCCAGCUGAAACUGCCCUUUGCUCUUCUGAGUCUGCCCUCACAGACCUCGGGGAGGACUGGCAGCUUGCACAACAAGGGUGCCUUGCUCUCUUUGAGUGAGGACAGUGAAGCCAUCCUCUAGCCUGCAGGGGUAUGACUUCCCAACACCCUUACGGGCUGUGGCCCUUCUUUCUCUUAGGCUGAAUCGGGUGAGGUGGCUGAUAGCACCCAGCUUAACCAAAGGUAGAUGCAACCCUGAGUAGCACUCCCUUCCUAGGGGCCACUGGCCACAAAUCAGGAAGCUAGCCACUUUCAUGAGAUACUCAAACAACAACAAGGCCUUCCUUUGCAUAAAACUGUUUUUUCUAACUCUGGAAGGUGAACCCAUCCUCAAACUGGACUAACUCUUCCUUGGCAAUAUAUACCAUAAUCCCUUUAUCCAUGUUCAGAGUAGAUGGGGAUGGUGGUGGGUGGGUGGGAAACUUGAACAUAGUCAGAGUCCACUUUUAGGCAGCUUUCUAUCAAGAGGAGCUUUAUAACCUAAAGCCCUGCAAUUGACUUAAUUUUCCUAGGUUUAUAUACAUAGAUUUACACAUCUAUUCUACAUAUCUACUAUACAUCAGUACUCUCCUAUGCUCAUUCGCUCAUUAAAUUCUAAUACCUCUUGAAGUAUUAAUGUUCUGCCUUGCUCUUUGUUAGUCCAACCUCUGGUUGGACAGGUAGAUGCAUCCUGGGGAACUUCAUCCAGGACUGUUCCUCUAGGAUGACUCUCUCCAUGAUGUUUGGAGUGGGCUGUCCUCAAGACCAAAGCAACAGAAGCCUGUGGCCACAGAGGAGCCUAGCAGGAAGAGCCCCUCUGUUCUCUUCACUCUUUCCAAAUCUUGUUCCCUUGAGACCCGGGUCUUGGAUGUCUUUUAUUAGGCUCCUCUGAACAGUGGUUCAGGGACCAAGAUAGACCAAAUCAAAUCUCUGCCCACUGCAUGCAGAAAAAAAGGAACAAAUAGGCCUUUGCCAGGCUAAUACACAGAAUAUAUCCUCUGUAUCCAUCCAGUUUCUAAGAUCUGGCUCAGGGUCUUAAAGAAAGCAGUAGUUGCUACCAAAGUCAGGAGGGUUUGAGAUGUUUGGGGUGUUGUAUUAUAAUCAAACCAAUGAGUACAACUGCUGGGGACCUAGACUUAUCUGCUGCAGGAUAGAUAUGGUAGCCUUGGGUCUAGAAGCUCAGGAUUGCCUCCUCCUAGAAUUGCCAGGGGCGCUAAGCAACAGGUCCAGCGUUUCAGAACUCAUACUAUAGCAUCUGCCUUAGUGUUUUUGAGGGCUUGUGGUAGGAGAACUGGGUAUCUGGAUGCAUGGUGAGCAGGUGGUAGGCAAAGCCUGGGCAUCACUCAGGGUAGGGGUAUAUUUGUGGUGGCCUAUAUGGUUGGCAGGGCAGGAACAAGAUAGAAGAAAUUUGCUGUAGGGCAGAGGGCUCAGGAAAUUUGAGGCAUGUGCCUACGUAAUCCUUAGAGGGACAGAUGUUAUGGAACAAUCCCUUGCCAGGAAAGUCCUAGAAAAUCCUUUUGGUAACCCACACUUCCCUCUCAGAGAUCUUGGGCUACUGAGGGCCUGUGGCAACUGCAGUGGGCCAGGCCUGGGAGAAAAGAUGUAGAUCUUGUUAUGUAGGAUUUGUGCUGUAGGUGGACUGAAGCAGUAGGUCAUAAAGUCAGGAGUUGGAAUUUUCACUAAUGGGGGGUCACUGACAAUUUGUGGUCCUGUGUUUACCUUAAUGCCUGAGAUGAGUCUAUUGUUCAAGGGUCCAGUGACAGUCACUGCAGCGUGUGUGGGCAGUUUGCCCACAGUGAUGUAAAUGGGUCCUUGGGCACUGUGAGUCCAAAUUAGGGUUGGAUUUACUGAAAUGUGUUGUAUGUUGUUAGGCAUCUGUUGUGUAUCAUGUCUCCUAAAGGUAUUGUCUGUGGUGCUAUGUAGUUUAUUGCCCUGUACUGGAAGGGUGAUGAAGGGGGUUGCUGGGUGGAUAGCCUAAGGAAAACCUGACGUGGGAUUAGCAUCAGUGAUAAGGAAUGUGAGCGUUUGGUGGGGUUGUUGGCAAAUAGUAUCAGUGAACAGUUAGGACCAACAGAUGUUUUAUUUUUGACAGAAUCUGAUAGAGGCCAAAAAGCCAUUAUGAGGGUGCAUCUGCUCCCAGCUAGAGCAGAGUGGAUUCAGGUUGGCUUGGAAAUUGCUAGGGAAUGCUGACUGGCUGGAGGACAUCAGAUUGUGGGAUGGUUCGCUAGGGAUGGUCCUACCCAGGGGGUCACGUGCUCUUCCCUUUAGAAUGAAAAAGCUGGAAUCAAGGCUUUUAAGUGCCCAUUUACUUCAAGGCCCAAAGUUUGGAAAUAUUUCCCAACCAACUGGGUUGGCAGGCCACAGCAAUAAAAAACCUUAUGAGGCCAGGCAGAAACCAAACCUGGGAGAUGCUCCCCCACCCUGGAUUCAUUUUAAGGAAGUCCUGUCUGGCUGGGGUGUGUGCUUGGAGUUUGGACUCUAUAAAGCUUCAGGCUAGAGUAUUCCUUGAAUUUGCAUUGUCAGUGGCAGAGCCAUGGUCUCUGGGACAAUUUCAGAUUAAGAAUCCAUCAGAUUUCCCUUGGCAUGGGUGACGGAUAACCAAAAAAGUAACUUCCUUAAGAGAAACAUUCCUAAGAAAAAAACUGGGGGCUUUGCCCUGGGGCUGCGGGAGACUCAGCUCCUCCGCUGGACAGCUCUGUAUCUGGGCCUCCUUGCCAAAAUCCGUCCCUGGGAACAAAAGGAUACUUCAGCUGCUUCUUACUCUUUUAACACCAAGGACAGGGCCCAGCUCGCACCCUCCAUUUCCUCCCACAGCUGCCCCAUUAGGGAGGGUACCUGCUGAAUGUCCUUACUGUCCCCAGAGCAAUAAGGCUGUUAGGCUGCUUGCUGGCUGCCAGGACUGGUCACAAGGAUGGGAGUAAGGGAAGGGAUUUGGGAGAGGUGUGAAGGGUGACAUGCAAGUCUAGAAGAGUUUGGGGUGAAGGGGUGGGGUAAAUCAGUUAACUUUGAUUGCCACUCACUGUGGUGCUUUUCCACU